UCCCUGACUAUAGAUGACCGAGGGUUUCUAUUGCUUUCAAAUCGUCCUCUUACAUUUCGAUUGCAUCAGCUGGAGAACAAGGGCAUCCCGAUCGACAUUCGCAGGCCCACGACAUAUGCUCCUGUGGAAGCUUAUUUCCUAGAUCUUUUGUCAUGCCAUGACAGAAGGAUACAACAUCAGGCAAACUCCAUACGUGAUCAAUCCGACGGCGAGACGCAGCUUUCUGUUCCAGCUGCUAUGCGCGCCCUCCUGCCUUAG